GAGAUAGUGAAAUAGAUGAACUUUUCCGAAUCUUUCAGGUUCUUGGAACUCCGGACGAAAGUGUUUGGCCUAACAUAACACAAUUUAAAGAUUUCAAGCCUGUUUUCCCAAAAUGGAAACCACAACCUCUUGAUAACUAUGUUCCCACUUUAAAUUCACAUGGUGUUGAUUUGCUCAGUAAAAUGUUGACGUACGACGACUCAUUACGCAUCUCAGCUAAACGUGCUUUAUCACAUACUUUUUUCAACGAAAUAAAUGAAAAUAAUCGUUGUUUGUCGUCGAGACCAUUAUUAAAGGACAAAUGCGAACAUGAAACUGAUAAUGCAUGCAAACAAUCAUCUAGUACUAGCAGCCUUGCAGUACUAAACUCUAAACCAGAUUUUAUAAACAAAGAUAAUUGUGAAACUAAUAUCGGGAAAGAAUAUAAGCAACCCACGGAAGUGAAUUCUACAGUGGACGUUAGUAAAGUUGAGCCAGUUUCAUGGAGACUUUAG